CGAAAUGGCGACUACUCAGUUUGAGCUGUAUUGAUGUGGUCAUGUUUUGAGUCGCUGUUAGAAACCCUUCACGACUUUGAGCUGUAAAAUUAAUGUUAUAUCGAACCCUGUUAUACGGUACCCUAUCUACUGUUUUGGUGUGAACACGUGUCAAUGGAUUCACAUCCGCCAUGCCUCGUACCAAGAUGAAACUUAAGGAGUUGGAGAGCCACCUACAGGAUGUUGACGUGUUUGAAAAACCCAAAGUUGUGCUGGAGCAGUAUCCCACCACCCCACAUAUUGCAGGUUGUAUGCUGCAUACCAUCCACACUCGGUAUGAUGACAUUGAGGACAAGCUGAUAGCUGACCUGGGAGUAGGCUGCGGUGUACUCAGCAUUGGGGCCAUCAUGCUCGGGGCAGGUGUUAUACACAAGAAGUUUGACACGGUCAUCAUGAACCCACCAUUUGGGACCAAGCACAAUGCAGGUAUUGAUAUGGAGUUCCUGAGAGCUGGUCUUGACCUGUCCUCCAACGCUGUCUACUCCCUGCACAAGACUUCAACAAGGGAGCACAUCACAAAGAAGGCAAGUGACUGGAACGUAGAUAUGGAGGUGGUAGCCGAGCUCAGAUUCGACCUUGUUAACACGCUCAAGUUUCAUAAGAAGAAGUCUGUUGACAUAGAGGUGGACUUCAUACGAUUCUGUCACAAGACUGGUGCCAUGUGUAAAUCAUGACAGACAGUCAAGCUGUAGAUGUCUCAACACAAUUUUCAUGAAGUUAGGUCAGCUGAUAUCUGUCAAUGAGGUAGGUCAUCACUUGUAUGCAGAUGACACGCAACUAAUGAAGAUGUUUCGUGCCGCUACACUCUCAGUCGAAUCUUCUAAACAUGGAUAUCUGCAUUGAUGACAUAAAGCGAUGGAUGGACUCAAAUAUGCUCAAACUGAAUGACAGCAAGACAGAAGCUUUACUAGUGGGCACUCGUUCCAAUCGUACAAAAGUGAGGGAAACGCAGAUACGUGUGGGGGAAUCUGACAUUCAGUUUUCAGACAAAGUCAAGCACCUCGGAGUCCUAUUUGACCAGGAACUCUCCUGGGAAGCUAAUAUCAGUCAGACGAUCAGGGCCUGUCACUAUCAGCUACGAAGCAUUGGGGCUAUCAGACACCUUCUUCCCACAAAUGCGGCCAAUGCUCUUGUGCACUCUUUGGUGUUAUCACGACUGGAUUAUUGCAACAGUCUCUUGGCCAACGUAUCAAAUGAGCAACUCCAAAGGUUGCAGCAUGUCGAAAAUACAGCAGAGCUCCAGAUAAGAUUUAGCUCAUGUGGGUACUGUACCCACUGUAUUUUUUUGGAGUGGGUAUUAUCAAUGUUGUGUGGGUAUUACCCACUGCUUUCAA